AUGAAUUCAAAGGAAACGUUCCCACAACCUUAUUUCAUAGCUCACCAAUGUUUAAAAAGAACGAUCAUAUAUCUUUUCGUAUUAUUGGUUGUGGUGGGUUAUAUCUGUUAUGAUGAUGAUCAAGAAAUUAUCAAACCGGAUAAUGGGACCGCGAAUCAUACUGAAAUAACGAUCGACCUUGAUGACGAUGGGAAUAUCAUAACAGGAAUUCACACCAAUAACCAAACCAAUGUAGAUGAUUACAACAACGAUAAUAUUUUAUUGAUGAGUGAUGAAGGAAUUAAUCAAAGAUAUUGUGGUAAUGAUAAGUGUAAAUUUCUUUUCGUAUAUAAUCACCCGGAUGAUGAGAUCUUGGCUAAUGAACACAUGAGAAGUUUCACUCAACUUGCCAAAGCAUUAAAUCGCACAAUGGUCUUAACCAAUGUUGGGCAUUCGAGAAUUUCUUCCUGUAGAAAUUUUCCUUUUAAUUUUUAUUAUUCGAUUGAAUCACUUUUACAUGUAUUUCCACAUACUUCGUUCAUUUCACAAAAAAAUUUCAAACAAUGGACAAGGUUACGUCAUGAGAAACCAACUACUCAACACAUCUUCGUCGCAGGUGGUGGCUUAAAUUCCACUAUUAAUAUCGUAAAUCCAAAAUCUUUGGAAUCAAUUCAAAAAAAAGAUUGUUUAGAUCAAUUCGAAAUGAAAUUCGAUGAAGAUACUAUUUUCAAAAAAAUUCGUACCGGUAAAGGAUUUUGGAAAUUAAAUGAAACUCGUUCAAAAUUUUCAAAAUUCUUGGUAGAUCAUUUAAAUGAAAUUGAGGAAGAAAUCAUUUUAUUAAAUCACGAUAUUCAUAAACCGUUUUUCCCUGGAAGUCUUCCAAAGAUAGAAUACUCGCAACUUAUUUUACAAGAAGCUGAUAGGAUCGUUAAUGAUUUACAACCUUUCAUUGCUAUUUAUUGGCGUUUGGAAAAUUCAAUUAUUCCUUCAUCUAAAUUACCUGAAUGUGCUCAAAGUUUGAUGGAAACUUUGAAAAGGAUUAAAACUAGUUUGAGAAUUGAAAAUGUUUAUUUUACUACCGAUUAUCCAAUUUCUUCUGGAAAACAUAGUCAAUCUUUAACCAAAGAUUAUCAUAAAACAAUCGAACUUUUAAAUUCUACGAUAAAGUUAAACACUUGGAAAACAAUGAAUCCUUUUAAAAAUCUUUUAGAAAAUAAUAUCGUUUUAAAAAAUACAAAAGAAUUUAAUGGACAUGGAAUUCAUAGAAUUUUAGAUAAAUUAAUUACGAUUAAUUCGGAUUACUUCUUAUCAAGUCCUCCAGGAUGUGGUGCUAAUUACAAAGAUGAUUUCACCAUGACGAUUACAAAUGCACGAACAGGAUUAACGAAUGAAGGAAAUGAAAGACUUUUAAACAUUAUUACGCGUUGGUAA